UGAAAGGCCCGCAGAGCCAGGACAUCAUAGCUGUGUUCCUGACCACGCUAUUUCUCCAGCUGGUGAGAUCCCAAGGCACAGAAGCAGACCUCAAAAAUGAGUAAGGAGACAGUGACAUAUGCGAAUCUGCUAUUUCCAUAUUCAAGGAAACAGAAGGGCAAAAGACGUCCAGUGGAUAAAAGGAGAGAAUUUCGAUGGCAUAUUGUUGCAUUAACCCUGGGAGUUAUAUGUGUUAUCUUCCUGCUGAUAAUCACAGGCUUAGGAUAUAUGCUUUUUCAGAGGUGUUCUGGAAACACAAUGCAAGAUAUGAAAGACGUAAAAGACAAAAACGCUUCCUUUGGAGAAGUUGAAUAUGACUCAGUUUUACCACCUAUUAUAGAUACAGAUAAUCUCACACUUCAAGAACAAAUGUACUGCUGUGGAAAAAGCUGUUACUAUUUUUCAAGGGAAGAGAAGACUUGGGAGAAGAGUAAGGAGUCAUGCCAAGACAUGCAUUCUAGUCUCAUUAAGAUUGAUAAUAAAGAGGAGCAGAAUUUCAUUCAAUCGAAAGUAAAAUUCAAUUAUUGGAUUGGAUUAUAUAAAGUAGGAGCUAAGCAUCCCUGGAAGUGGCUGAAUGGCACACUCUUAUCUCAGAUGGUGCAUUUCCAGCAGAGUUUACCGGAUAUAAAAUGUGGAUACCUCAACUCAUCAAAUAUUUUUAGUGCUGAUUGUAGUAGACACUUUCGUUACAUUUGUGAAAAGGUGUUCACUGGCCCUAAUAAUUAAAAGAGUUAUUGUCUCUAAAGUUUUAAUAUUUUCACUUUUUAAUAGCUACUAGGAAAAAACUCAGGGUAUUCAGUCAGAUUAGUCAACUAUGCAUGCUUUAUGAAGGAUUAUGAUCUUUCAAACAUCCUUCAGCAAGCAUAAAAAAUGUUUUAAAAAGAAUAAAAUUAUACAUCCAAAAAAUAAAUGUAUUGUUCUAGAAUUUCAAGAACCAAUCCAUCAAAGAAUGUGAAAACAAAUUCAUUUUGAUUAAGUAUAAGAUUUUACAUGAAAAAUAAUUAAAUGAUCUUGAUAUUAAUAGGUAAUUAAUACAUUCACAUUGUUCAAAAUAUAAGAGAUAUGAAAUAAUGAACAAUUUCUCUUUAUUUAUCUUAUCCCCUAUUCACCUAGUUCCCUUCUCAGAGGCAGACAUGUAAUAGUUUAAAUAGUAUUCCAGACAUAUUCUAGGCAAGUGCAACCAUGUACAUGCUAUCUUCUAAACAAAAUACUACAUAACUACAAACAAUAGUAUUGCUUCUUUAGGUUUUUGUUUAAAAAUAAAUCAUGCAGUUUGUUCCAUAUCAGUACCUAAGGAGCUUCAUCAGUGUUUGUAAGCAGCUGCAAAUACUACAUUAAGCGGAUGUACCAAAAAUUUAUUUACCAGUUUUAUUUCCAAUAAAUAUUUAGGUUUGCCCCAGAUUUUUACAAUUGUAAAAAAAUUGUAGAAUGAAUAGCACUUAAUAUAGUAUAAUUUACCAUAUAUAUAUGGUAAAUCUCUAGCAGUGAAAUUUGUGUCAAAGGUGUAUAUAUUAAAUUUUAAUAGACAUGUAUGUAUUUCAGUAGAGGUUGUACACCUAUCAUCUCCACACAGCAACAUUCAAGAAUUCCUGGUUCCUCACUUCUUUACCACCACAGUGUGUUAUCAAUCUGUUUGAUUUUGUCAAUAAAAUGUUCAACAAUAAAAA